AUGUCCUUGCGGGCGGAUAUCUUGCAAAAUGAGGGUUCAAGAGAAUCCCAUGGAGCAGGAAGUCAUGUAGCUCUUGGAAUGUUACAUCUGGUGACAGUCGCGGCGAUCGAGCAUUUCCCGCCAGCGUUGCUCAAAUGCUCGCUCACUUGCGCAACGUCCAUCUUCGUCGUGUCUCCUCUCCAUGGCCUGCAAAACUUCAUAAUAAACGUUGUCUUUCUUCUACGGCUCAUAGCGCGAAUCGACGCGAUUCUACGAUUGAAGGGCCUAGAGGAACAUUGGCGAAAGAACAAAUCUUUGCAAACUGGUUUCCUUAUGGGUAUGGAAGAAUACCUUGGCGUAGUGGAGCGCCGAAAGUGGAACAACUCGAGUAUGACUUCCUCGGCGCAAGCCCAUAUGGAACUGGGCGAAGACGCUUGGCAGGCCGAUGCGCAAGUUCAGAUGGACGUGGAGAGUAAGAACCGUGCUCGUGAACGCUAUCAGCGUUUAUUCUGGGAGCCUGUUGUUGAGGGCCAGGAUCCCAUUAUGGGCUCCAAUCUGGAGCGUGCGCGUAUUGAAGCGCGCGAGAAGGUCCGAGCUGAGGAAGAGUAUAAGGCUGCACAUGCAGGUAUACCACCUAAGAAGCAUGACGAGCACGGGCUCCAUAUCCCUGGUCGUCCGUCCUGGAAGUUCGUCGACGUUGGUGGUAAAUUUGUGGACGUCAAUGACCGAGUGCGGAGGCUCAAGGAAAGCGAGCGGAGGUCUAAACUCAAAGUGCGACGGCGACAGCGUAAAGAGGCAGUUGCGCCUGGCGACCAGCAGGUGCAGUCGCUCGCUGCUACUGCGUAGUUCCAUACGUUACAUUCAUAGUCCUUUCGUGUCCUCGUGCUCUGGAUGUCAACCCGUCAUCAUUCUACGCUAAUAAUGGACUUGUCAUUGCACGCCGU